AUGGAAAUUUUUGCAAUCUUGGCUAAAUUAGCUGCACCGGUGAUUCAAGUUGGGAAGUGUCUAUUUCAUCCUUUCAAGCGCCAGAUCUCUUAUCUUGUUCAGUACAGAAGGAACAUUGAAAAUCUGAGAAGCCAAGCAAAUUAUCUCAAAGCAAAGAGAAUCGACAUACAGAAAUCGAUAGAUGAGGCGCGUAGGCAAUCCGAAGAACCAACUGAGGCAGUGAUCGAGUGGCUGAAAAGGAUAGAUGAUAUCGAAGCAGACAUGGACAGAUUAUUUGAAGCCAUUGAAGAAAAAGAGAGAAGUUUGAAAGCUUGGUGUUGUUGGUGUUGUCGGCAUUACCAACUAGGCAAAGAAGCGUCACAGACGCUAGUCAUUGCAAUGCAACUACGAGAAGAAGGAAAUUUCAGUGCAAUCUCGCGCCAUCUUCCUCUUCCCGGCAUUGUGUCUACACCAGUUGGAGAUUUCGAGGCUUUUGAGUCGACAAAUUCAGCUAUGGAGCAGGUCAUCGAGGCAUUACAAGACGAGGAAACUUACACUGUUGGGGUGUUUGGGAUGGGAGGUGUAGGGAAGACGACAUUGAUGAAAGAAGUAGGAAGGCGGGUGAGAAGAGAGAAGGUUUAUGAUGUUGUUUUGAUGGCUACUGUGUCUAAGAAUCCCGAUUUGAAAAGGAUUCAAGUCGAGAUAGCAGAGCAUCUAGGCCUGAAGCUCAAGGAAGAGACCGAAUCGACGAGAGCGGCCAGGUUGUCCGAGAGAUUCAAGCAAGAGAAGACAGUGCUCAUCAUCUUGGACGAUUUAUGGGAACGGCUGGAGCUCACUCAGGUUGGGAUCCCUUAUGGAAUUGACCACACCGGUUGCAAAAUUGCGGUGAUAUCACGGAGCGCAGAUGUAUGUGGAUCGAUGGAGAGCAGAGCGAAGAUCAAGGUUGAGGUCUUAUCUGAGAACGAUUCGUUGCAUUUGUUCAAAAAGAAAGCAGGCAGUGUUGUUGAAUCCCCAGACUUCCUCACCGUGGCGACAGAAAUUGCAAGGGAAUGUGGGGGAUUGCCCCUCGCAAUUGUCACCGUCGGAAGGGCUUUGAGGGAUAAGGACCAUUUUAUUUGGACAAAUGCAUUGACGCAAUUACAGAGAUCUGUCCCCGCAGACAUUGAAGGUAUGCAUACAAAGGUCUUUUCAUCUCUAAUGCUGAGUUUCGAUAGUAUAGAAAGCCAGGAAACCAAGCUGUGCUUCUUGUUUUGUUGUCUAUUUCCUGAAGAUUACAACAUUCAUAUGGAUAAAUUGAGAACAUAUGUGAUGGGGGAAGGUUUCCUAAACGAUGUGAGCUCUUUGGAAGAAGCAUCACGAAGAGUAUAUAUCUUCGUCGACAAGCUCAAAUCUUCUUGCUUGUUGUUGGAUGGUUAUCGUGACAGGUUUGUAAAAAUGCGUGAUACUAUUCGAGAAGCUGCCAUCUCGGUCGCAUCGAAAGAUGGGCAUGGGUCGCUAGUAAAGGUUGGAUUAGAAUUGAGGGAGUGGCCAGAAAUGGAGAAGUUAAAAGAAUGUAAGCGCAUUUCAUUGAUGAAAAACAGAAUUAGUAUACUUCCCGAUCGGCCAAAAUGCCCUCAAUUAAAGACCUUGCUACUGCAAAAAAACUGGCAUUUGACAAAUAUCCCAGAUAGCUUCUUUGAAAGGAUGAAAGCUCUUGCUGUUUUGGAUCUAAAAGAUACUCGCAUUUCAUCACUGCCGCCAUCCUUACCAUGCCUGAGGAACCUACGGAUGCUUUCUUUGCAAAAAUGCCGAUCGUUAGAAGACAUCUCUAGUGGGAGAGUUGAAGAAGCUUGA